AUGCUGCCUGGCACGGUGUGGCAGAAAGUCCUCCCACUCUUGGGACUGUCGGGAACCACCCCAUCGAAGCAACCAGCGUGGGACCUGAAACAGCUGUUUGGGCCGCACCUCUCGGCCGGUGCCGCCAUCUAUCUGCCCUCGGACAGCAACUACACCGAUCAUGUAACUCAGCGCUGGACGACCCAUGCCCCCCCUUCCUACGCCGGCACAGUAGUGCCGGCCACGGUCAGUGAUGUUGCCAACGUCGUCAAGAUUGCCGCCGCCAACGACAUUCCCUUUCUUGCCACGGGAGGCGGACAUGGCGUGUCGAUCCAAAUGGAGGACCUGCAAGACGGCCUCCAAGUCGACUUGCAACGCUUCAAGAGCGUCCAUUUCGACCCACAGACCCGGCUUCUUACCGUUGGCGGAGGCGUGCGCUUCUCGGACCUCAUUGAGCCCCUGCUUGCUUCGGGGAACCAGUUUCCCCUGGGCACCGCCUAUUGCGUCGGAGUCAUUGGCGCCACGCUCGGCGGCGGCGUCAGCGCAAACCAGGGCUACACGGGCCUCCUAAUCGACCUGCUGGAGUCUGUACAACUCGUCACGGCCAAGGGGGAUGUAAUCACGGCCUCGAGAACUGAAAACGCCGACCUGUUCUGGGGUCUGACUGGCGCGGGCGCCAACUUCGGCAUCGUCACCUCGGCCGUCUUCCGGGUCCCACAGACGGUCAACGGCGGGCACGUCACCAACGCCAACUACCUGUUUACCCGCAACCAGAGUGAAGCCUUCUUCGGCUACUUGGCGUCCCUGGACGACGACUUGCCCCCGCAAAUGGCGCUCAAUAUUGCCACUGCGUACAAUGCCACUGACGACCAGCUCAUCUUGCUCGUCAACGUCAACUUUGCCGGCACUCCAAGCUCCGCUGCGCCGCAUCUCGCCCGUCUCGAGGCCCUCGGCCCACUGCGCUCUGAGGUCCUCGACGUGGCCUGGCCCGAUGUCUUCGCGACGUCGUACUUUGGCAUCGAGGACACCAAAGCGUGCGGGCGCAACCAGCACGUCAAUAUGCGGAGCGUCGGGGUGACCCGCACGGAUCCCGAGGCUUUGGCCGCGUUCUUGGGUGAGCUGCAACGUUUCAACAGGGAGCGGCCAGAGGUCAUCACGGCCAUGGUGCUUCACCGAUUCUCCACCGCGGCCGUUCUAGAAGUGCCCGAUGAGGAGACCGCCUAUCCGCACCGGAAUAUAAAGAUGCAUAUUCAACUUGAAUCCGAGUACGAGGACCGCUCGCACGACGAGGCCGUGGACGCGUUCCUGCGGUCGGCCAGACGCAACAUGACAGCGGUGAGCGGAUUUGGCUCGCCCAGAGUCUAUGUUAACUUUGCGCACGGCGAUGAGGGCCCGGAUGUGUGGUACGGUGCGCGCAAGCUGAGGCGACUUGUCCGGCUGAAGCGGCAGUGGGAUCCUCAGGGGCGCUUUAGUUUCUACAAUGCCAUUCCGCUCACGCCGCUGCCAGUGAUGAUGGAUUUUCUGGACGAAGAGGAUCUGUAA